AUGUCGAUGCUCAGGACUGUCAAGCCCAAAAACGCCCGCGUCAAGCGUGCGCUCGAGGAGCGCGAGGCCAAGCUCGUCGAGAACGAGAAGACUGCUAUCUUUGUGCGCGGUGCCAACACGUCUGAGCGUGUGCGCGACGCCAUGAAGGACCUUUACUCGCUCAAGCGCCCGCACGCCGUCAACUUCUCCAAGAAGAACUCGAUCCACCCGUUCGAGGACGCGUCGUCGCUCGAGUUCUUCGGCUCCAAGAACGACGCCUCGCUCUUCGUCACGGGCCUGCACUCGAAGAAGCGCCCGCACGACCUCGUCUUCUCGCGCACCUUUGACGGCAAGGUGCUCGACCAGAUCGAGGUCGGCAUCGACGGCUUCCGCUCCAUGGCCGAGUUUGACACGCCCAAGGCCUCGGUCGGCACGCGCCCGCUCAUGACGUUCCACUCGGACCUGUUCGACACGCACCCGUCGUACACGCAGCUCAAGUCGUACCUGCUCGACUUUUACCAGGGCCACCACGAGACGGGCAUCCCGCUCAUGGACGUCGAGUGGGUCAUCAGCGUCACUGCUGGCCCGCUCGCCGGCGAGCUCGACGCGCCCGGCACCGCCCUCCCGGCCGUCCACGUCCGCGCCUACACCAUCAAGCUGCUCUCGUCGGGCUCGCGCAUCCCCCGCGUCCAGCUCACCGAGAUGGGCCCCUCGCUCGACCUGUCCAUCCGCCGCGUCGCCGAGCCCGACGCCGACAUGCUCAAGGCCGCCAACAAGCGCCCCAAGCUCGCAAAGAAGGACAUGGACUCGGGCCUCGGCAAGAAGAAGAAGAACAUCGAGACCGACGACAUGGGAGACAAGGUCGGCCGCAUCCACCUGGGCAAGCAGGACCUGUCAAAGCUCCAGAGCCGCAAGAUGAAGAGUCUCAAGGUCGGCCGCAAGGUCCGUGCCGCCGAGGCUGCUGCCGGUGCGGGAGACGACGGCAUGGACGAGGACGACGAGUAG